GAAGCUGGAAGCGUCAUCUCGAGCGGUGAGAACGGAACGUGCAGGGAUGAAAAGGAAGCGAACAACUCCAAAAGCCCAGCCUAAGGAUGCAGAGAUACAUCCUUACCUGCGCUGGGAACGCGAAAUCAGUUCGAAUCAAUGGCAGAUGUUCCCACCUGAGCAAAAUGAGGUCCUGAGCCAAGCAGUUCGGGCAAGAAAAAAGGAAGAAAACUUAGGAGAUGACCAAGUGGACCUCUGUAAGAUGGUCCAGAAGAACAAGCAGAGCGGCCAAGAGAACCGUGUCCGUAUGGCUAUCUGGGAUCAGAAAGCCUAUGUUGUCUGGCAGUGGGAAGGUGAUGAGGAAAACGACUGGAUUCCAUACCCCGCUGCUACCUGCUUGGAUUUACAGGCAGCCAAGAAUGGUGACCGGGACCCCACCGUGGAUUUGACAUUCGGUCAGGUGUGCUACAAGCUGGACACGACCCGCAUGCUGCAGAGAAACGAGCAGACCAAGUUUGAACGUCCGAUAGAAUGCAAGGAAGCAGUUGCAUCAAAGCCAGAUGAUGGAUCCCAGCUGGAUAGCGGGGACUUGGAUGCCAGUACAUCGGUACGUCCUGCUAAGAAGGCCCAGACUGAACCAGAGGCCAGUACAUCUCAGGGGAAAGGAGAUGAGAAGGCGGCAGAGGAAGGGUCCCAGCUGGCUAGCGGUGACUUGGAUGCCAGUACCUCGGUUCCUGCCGAGAAGCCCCCGACUGAACCAGAGGACAGUACAUCCCAGGCUAAAGGAGAGAAGAUGGAAGCUUCAGCGGCAGAGGAAGGGUCCCAGCUGGCUAGCGGUGACUUGGAUGCCAGUACAUCGGUUCCUGCUGAGAAGCCCCAGGCUGAACCAGAGGCCAGUACAUCUCUGACCGAAGGAGAGAAGAUGGCGGCAGAGGAAGGGUCCCAGCUGGCUAGCGGUGACUUGGAUGCCAGUGCAUCGGUUCCUGCUGAGGAGCCCCAGGCUGAACCAGAGGCCAGUACAUCUCAGGGGAGAGGAGAUGCGGCAGAGGAAGAGUCCCAGCUGGAUAGCGGUGACUUGGAUGCCAGUACAUCGGUUCUUGCUCAGACGCCCCAGGCUGAACCAGAAGCCAGUACAUCUCUGGGGAAAGAAGAAUUGAUGGAGGCAGUGAAGUCUCUUAAAAUGAAGGGAAUAGCCCCAGUGGAUCCAGAAUGUGAAGCCAAAGUGGGAAAGGCUCACGUUUACUGUGACGCAGAGGAUACUUAUGAUGUUAUGUUGAACCAAACAAAUCUACAAUUCAAUAAUAAUAAGUAUUAUAUCAUACAAUUGUUGGAAGAAGAUAAUCCUCAAAGUUACAGUGUUUGGAUGCGCUGGGGACGCGUGGGUAAGCCAGGACAACACACCCUUAUUCCUUGCUUUGGAGAUUUGGCGAAAGCCAAGGAGAUCUUCACAAAGAAAUUCCAAGACAAAACCAAAAAUGAAUGGAGCAACCGUGCCAACUUCCAGAAGGUCUCUGGCAAAUAUGAUCUUGUCCAUCUGGACUACGAAGUCAAAGAUGAUAGCAAUCCAGAAGCUGCCCCGGAGGCGACGGUCUCCAAACCCAAGCCAGUUUCCCAGCUGGACCUAAGAGUUCAGGCUUUGAUAGAGCUGAUAUGUAACAUUCAGACGAUGGAGGAAAUGGUGACCGAGAUGAAGUACGACACACGAAAAGCUCCAUUAG